AUGUGGAAAGCCCAGGUGUGGAUUGGCGGUUCGGCAGUUUUCGCUGCCAUGAUAAUCUUCCUCCCGAUCGGACCCUUGGACAAGUUCAUCCACGCGCGAGUCGACACUUUCUUGCUUUGCUACGAUGCCGGCAAGGGAUCGGACUUGGUGUUCUGGCAGAACGUGCUACAGGUCUUGGUAAAUUUCCCUUUGUUGGCCGCCAACUGGCUGGCCGUGGAGGCUUCUGGCUGCAAGGGCGCACAAGAUGAGGCUGAACUGGAGGCCGCGAGCUCCGUGAUCCUUGUCGGGCUUGUCUUGCUGGGCCUCAUGUGUGCUUACUUCCUGCUCAUCGAGCCCUGCAUAUCGAGGGAUCGCCUACAGCAACUAGUGGACGACGCUUUGGGGCCUUUAGCUGCGAAGGAGCCAGACUGA